UCAAGGUUAACAGGAAGCAUAUUGUUGGGAUGAGCUAGAGUCCGCACCGAAGUAUGUUUGAGGUUGUAUCCUUAGCGACUAAUACGCGUCACGUUGUUCUCCUCUUGCCCAACAGCAAGCUGACUUCAUCACUGUAACCUGGAGGGGACAUUGUACAGGACCAAAACAAGCCUCUGCACAGAUAUUGCUUAAAGUAUACAAAUGACUGAAAAGGAGGAAAUCAUGGACUCCUCCGAGAACCAUGAAAUUACGUCAUCAGUGAAGAAGAGCGGACAAAUCUCGUUGCUGGACAGCGGGGAGGACUUUGAGGUUUUGAAUGAAGAGGAUAUUGACGACGAGCCCCCUCCUCUGGAAGAUGCCGGGGGUGGGAAGGGGAAAAACACAGAUGAGUCUGAGAGGAAUAAUGCAGACACAGAUUCUGAUCCUCCAGGUCCAGUGGAAGAAUGGCUGGAUGUAUUAGGUAAUGACCAGCUGAAGAAAAGUCUGGAGGCAGGAAAAGGGCGAGACAGUCGGCCACAAAAAGGACAGAAUGUCAAGAUUAAUCUCAAAACAAGCUUAAGCGACGGGACACUUGUAGAGGAGCAGUCUGACCUCUCUUUCACUCUCGGAGAUGGAGAUGUUAUCCAGGCUCUGGACCUUACAGUCAUGCUUAUGGAAAUGGGAGAGAAGGCCCUCGUCCAGGCUGAUGCAAAAUAUGCAUAUGGUGAGCGGGGAAGUCUUGAACCUGAGGUUCCCCCCAACACAGAGCUAUCCCUAGAAGUGGAACUGCUAGAAGCUACUGAUGCCCCCGACCUGGAGCUGCUGCCCCCUGCAGAAAAAAUUCUCCUGGCUAUUCAUAAGAGAGAGAGAGGAAACGUUCAUUACCAGCGUGGGGACUAUGCUUUUGCUGUGAAUUCAUACAGCAUUGCCUUGACAAUAACAGAGUCUAGUUCUAAAGUUGACAUUACUCCUGAGGAGGAGAGUGACCUGAUGGAUGUAAGAGUGAAGUGUUUAAACAACAUGGCUGCCUCUCAGCUGAAACUGGACCACUAUGACGCGGCACUUAAAUCCUGUGUCUCUGCACUGGAACACCAGCCAUACAACAUAAAAGCACUUUUCCGCAUGGGCAAGGUACUAGCUUUACAGGGGGAAUACACAGAAGCCAUUCAAACUCUGAGGAAGGCACUGAAGUUGGAGCCAAGCAACAAGACAAUCCACGCUGAGCUCUCCAAGCUGGUGAAGAAGAACUCGGAGCAGAGAGGAGCCGAGCAGGCGCUGUAUAAGAAGAUGCUAGGUAACCCCGCGAGUAGCAGCGGCAGCUCACAGAAACACCGGGCCAAGUCUUCAUGGGGUCUCAGCUGGAAAUGGCUCUUCGGUGCUACUGCAGUAGCCAUUGGCGGUGUGGCAUUAUCCGUCGUCAUAGCUGCUAGAAACUGAACCAAGCCUGCGAUGAGUCUGACCAAGCCCCUGCCAUGUGAGCCUCAACACCGAAGCACAUCUCGCAGCCUUCUGGUCUUUGGCCGCGGGGGGGAAGAAAAUGUCUAUGGGUUGGUCAGUAUCCUCUCCACUGUCGUUUGUUUCUCUGCUAUGUUUGAGAACGAGGUGACUAUUAAUAAAGCAUAAAUAUUUGCAUAUGGAAACUGUUGUUCCAACGUUCUAAAUGUGUAGGUUUAUGCAUAUCCGUCACAUUGCCAGACACUGUUUUCUUUUGCUGCCAUUGUUUAUGUCCUUGGUAAUUGCUUAUUUGAUCAGCAAAAUGUAAGAUAUUUUACCUUAGAUUAAGAUAGGAGCUAUUUAAUAAUACUUUCACAUUAAGGAAUAGCUGUUGUGAAAUAGUCCUUUUGUUAUGCUAUAGUUUAAAAGCGCCAGAUUGUGCAGGUAAAUUAAUAUUUACUAUCCAAGAGAGAAUAUGUGAUUUCACUUUGUUUUAAAUUAUGGUACAAUGUUUAAUCUUGACUGAUGUUAAAGGAGAUGUUAGAUUAGAGGUCCACACAAUGGCAAUCUUUCUGACUUGUAUGCUAGCUCUUCAACACUCUCUACUGACUCUAUUUAGUGAUCAGAAAAUCGAAUACACGGGUCCUGUAAGUUUUUUGUUGAGACUGAUUCCAAAAUGUUUGUGUUUUGAUCUGAAAAUUGUAUCUUAGAAAAAGAACGUUGACGAGGAAUGCAGUUCAACACAAUGCAACAAACUAGAGCCCCAGAAAAGCCAUGGAAUUGAAUCAAUGCCUUUCUGACACUGUCAACAGCAACAAACAAAAACAUAAAUCAACAAAAAUGCUCUGGCAUUCCUAAAUUCUUGGUCACAGCUUAAAUAGAUGUACUUUCUUUUCAUUUCUUCUUAUAGAGGUACAGUUAUAACACAGAACAGAGAAGUACAGAGGAGCAGAUCGUUUCUCAAUAAUGUGGCUUUGAGAAACGCUAAAGGAGAGUUUAUAAUGAUUCCAUUUCUAUCAAUUAUACCUCAGUUUUUGAUGAUUAAGACCAAAUGUUGGAAGGACGACCAUUUAAGUAAAAUGUUGGGUGUUUAUGUUUAUUUCUUUUUUUUAUCCUCUUAUUUUUUGCCUGUGAAUUUGUCUUGCUUUGGGUGUUUAUUCCAUUUGUUUUGGUUAAUUGUUUUGUAAAGAGUUUAUGUGACACUGAUGGAUCUGUGGCUUCUUCAGAGUAGAUCGCAGGCCUAAAGAGCCAAAAGUUACAUAAGUGGUUGCGAAAGUUCCCAGCAUUCCCUGUAUUUGUUAAUUUUAUAUUCAUCACAAUAAAAUAUGUCUGUUAUCAAACUA